AUGAAGACUUAUACUGAGACCCAUCGUUCAAUACGUAGUUUAGUUGCACAAAGUUCAUUUAAUAAUAAGCCACAAUUAUUAGCAUUAGUGUCAAGAUGUGUAAAAAACAGAACGAUUCUUCAAACAAUUGUCGAUCGUUCAAAAUUAUUGGAACGUGAACAAUUUUUAUCCAAUGAUCUAGCACUCAUACUUGUUUAUGAUGCGAUUUUUGGAGUGGGUGUUCGAGGAAAAUUUAAAGGUGUGAUUAAGCGAAAUCAAACAUCAUUUGAUAAAUGUGUUAAAAAGUUAGUUCGUGAUCGAAAUUUAAACGAUUCAACAGACCUUGUAACAACAUUGGAUAUUCAUGACCCUAAUUUGAAUGAAAUCAAAUUGCCACGUUAUUGUCGUAUUAAUCUAUUAAAAACAACAGCAAAACAAAUACAACAUGAUUUAAAAGUAUUAGAAUUCAAACGUCUUCGUCAUAUGUAA